AUGCGGUCACAACUCCUCUCCGCGGCCACGGCCAUGAUGACGCUCCUCAGCGCAUCCGCCCUCGCCGCCCCCCACCCCGCCGCCGAGCCCGCCGACGCCGCCCCCGUCGCCGUCCCUGCCGUCACGCCCCCGCCGCUCAUGGGCGCCUUCGACAUCAACUUCCUCCUCGGCCGCGCCGACAGCACGUCGUCCAGCGAGAAGCUCAGCGGCACGCUCUGCUUCACCACGUCCACCACCACCACCACCUCCUGCCCGCUCACCACCUCGGGCAAGCACGUCCGCACCGAGACGUGCUUCCCCACGGCCGUCGCCGCCUCCGAGUGCAGCCCCGGCCUCAUGUGCACCAUCGGCGCCGGCAACGAGGACAUUUGCAUGCGCAAGCACGACUCCCUCGACAUUGGCGGCAUCAUCAUCGCCAUCGUCUUUGGCGUGCUCAUCACGCUGGGCCUUGGCACGCUGACGUUCCUGUGCUGCCGUGAUAGGCGCCAGCAGAAGCGCCUGGCGGCCAAGGCGGAGGCCGUUGCGCUCGCGCGCGCGCAGACGAAGAAGAAGCGCGCGCAGGAUCAGCGCACGCCGCUGAUGCAGCAGCAGGCGGCGCAGGGCCCCGGCUCCGGCCGCGGCAGCCCCAACCCUUUCAACGACGCUGCCCACUGA